AUGUCACCGACUCUAUUUGCAUGUUUGGACAUUGAAACAGCGUCGAGGACCACCCGCUUGGUGUUGAUUUGGCGCCGUUCCGUCGGACUAUUCUUUGCGGGGCCGAUGCAUUGUCAGGCGACAUGUUUGGCGCGCGCUUUCACGCCCGUCGAACCCAUUAUUUCUUCACCUGAGAAUUUCUUGACAGCUGCGAUAACGAAGCGUCAUUUUUUCCGGUUCAUCGAAAAUGCCUAUAAGUUUUACUUAGACGUGCAAGUUUCGAAGGCACCGGAAGCGCGAUUUGAUCUGGACGGGGUCGGGGUUGCCAGCAGGAGAACUGGUCGGCCGUCGCCCUCGCGCCUGAUUCGGGUCGGAGCGCGCCCGCGGGAUCGUCACCUUGCGAACAGCCUCGAAGCUCUGUCGUAA